GUGGACGUUUCAGGCCGAGACCCUGAACCGUGAAAUGUCGACUGUACCUCUUCCUAGACAUGCUGCCUGGCCUGCUGCAUUUACCAGCAACUUUGAUGUGUGUUAAUUGACUGGUGGGAAUAGUUUAGAAUUAUUUUAUUACUCUUGUACAGAUCCUAAGAAGAUGAUGGUGGAAUGGCGUUCAGUGAAUAUGUAUUUGUGAAUGUUCUCAACUGAGGUGCAGUUCGUUCCAAUAUCUUGGUCAUAUAUCAUUUUCCAACUUCCCGUCAGGGCCAGUGGGGUGCUGAGUGUUUUGGCUGUAAAUUGCCUUUUCACUGCCCAGCAAUGUGUGUUAUGGUUAUAAGUGAGCUGUUGAACCUCCUUUCCCCUUAUCAUUUUAGGUCAUAGUCUUCAGGUGCUUAUAAAGAUUGAGUUAAUAGUCUAAGAAUGCUUUACAUUUGUGGUUUUGCCUCAAAUCAGUCCUGAUCCUUUCUAGUCAAUAUGCUCUUCAUAGUUGCUAGUUUGGAUGGAUCAGAGCAAACAGACAAGUGAAUUUAUUUGUUAGGUUUGUUAGAUUACUUGUGAAACUGUAUCUGAAAAGUGCUUUUUUUAUUGACAGAUGGAGGGCUUCAUUGAUAGGUACCACUUCAAUCAUUUCUUUUGGCAGAUGGAGAACUCCUGGAGUUAGCUUUCCCUUCUGUCAUUAACAGUUACAACUUGCCAGAUUGUUAUUUUUGACCUCUGUUUGUGCCUCCCAAGAUCAAUUUAUUUCCCUCUCAGGAUGCAGGCCAGUUUUUUUUGUGUAAGGUCAGAAAGAAAUUCCUCCUUUCAGGUUUCCUUUUCCUAAUUCACCCUCCCCCUUCAGUUACACACUUGUUUCUCACAUGGGAAUUGCUUUGGGUGCAAUAACUGUAACCCAUCUACAAGAAUGAAGAUGAAUCCAAUUGCAGUAGCAACAUAAUGUCCCAACCAUUUCUCCCAGUGAACUGCUUCCUGCAUUGUAAUAUGGAUAGAGUAUGGGUUCUGUCCACCUCAGACUAACCAUCAAACUCCUAAAAUAAACUCUUCUGAGCUUUAUUACCAAAGACAGUACUGUUUGAAGAGGAAAUGCUUUAUGGAUGUUCUCAAAACCUCCUUGAAAAGGUGCAAAAUUAUUUGUAGGGAAUAGCUGGCCCAUGACUGUUCAAAAUGAAAAGGAACAUUCAUAAUGAUAUUAAAAAUCUUCAUUCAUUGGGAGCAUAUCCAUCUCCCAAAUUUCACACCCACUUGCUUCUCUGGUACCUCUUGCCCCACCUUUGGCAGAAUUUGGAGGUCCCACAUGGCCACUGUAGAAUCUUCAGAACUGCAGUGAGUGUACUCAACCUUUUUCUCAUCGUGCAGAAUUUCUUGCAUCAUUUACUGAGUCCUGAUGAUGCUGAGAUAUUUUUCAGUCUUAAACAUGAGAUUCUACAGAUGCUGGAAAUCCAGAGCAAUGCAAAGAGAAUACUGGAGGAUCACAGCAGAUCAGGUAGCAUCUAUGGAGGGGAAUAAACAGUUGAUGUUUCAGGCCAAGACCUUUCAUCAGGACUGUAAAGGAAGGGGGGGUGGAAGCCAGAAUACGGAGGUUGGAGAAGGAAAAGGAGAAUAAGCUGGCAAACAAUAGGUGAAGCCAGGUGAGGGGCAGGGGAGGAUGAAGUGGGAAGCUGGGAGAUGAUGUAGUAAAGGGCUGAAGAAGGUGGAAUCUGACAGGAGAGGAGUGUGGACCAAGGGAGGAAGGGAAGGAAUGGCACCAGAGGGAGGUGAUAGGCUGUCAAGGAGAAGAGAAAGGUUAAGGGUGGAAUUGGAAUGGAAAAGGAGAGAAAGGGAAUAGGUGAGGGAGUACUGGAGUUUAGCGAAAUUGAUGUUCAUGUUGUGCAUUUGGAGGCUACCCAUUUGGAAUAUAAGCUGUUGCUCCUCCAACCCAUGAGUGGCCUCAUGGUGGCAGUGGAGGAAGGUCAUGAACCAACAUGUCGGGUGGAAUUAAAAUGAGAAAGCUCACCUUUUGUGGCAGAUUGAGUGAAGGUGCUUGAUAAAGCGGUCCCCCCCAUCUACAUUGGGUUUCACUGAUGUAGAGGAGGCCACACUGGGAACACCAGAUACAGUACACCAUCCUAACACUUCACCUGGAAGGACUGCUUUGGGCCCUGACUGGUGGUGAGUGAGGUGAAUGGAGGUGCUGGGGCAGGUGUAGCACUUGUCCCACUUGCAAAGGUAAAUGCCAGGUGUGAAAGGAUGAGUAGACAAGGCUGUUGUGUAGAGAGUGAUCCCUGUGGAAAGCAGAGAGUGGGGCUGAGGGAAAGACGUGUUUAGUGGUAGGGUCCUGUUGAAGAUGGCGGAAGUUACAGAGAAUGAUGUAUUUGAUGCAGAGUCUCGUGGGGUGAUAGGUAAGGACAAGAUGAACUCUAUUCCUAUUGUGACAGGCAGAUGGAGUGAGGGAAAAUGUCCAGGAAAUGGAGGGCAUAUGGGUCAGGACAACAUCACUGGUAGAGGAAGGGAAACUUUGAAGAAGGAGGGUGUCUCGGAUGUUCUGGAAUAGAAACCUUCUUCUUGAGACCAGAUGUAGCAGAGAUGGAGGAACUGAGAAAAGUGAAUAGCAUCUUUGUAAGUGACAAGGUGGAAAGAGGUAUAGUCCGAAGGUUUAUACUAGUAGACAGUCUAUCUCCAGAGAUAGUGACAGAAAGAUCAAGAAAGGAAGGAGAAAUGUCUCAGAUCAAAUAAAUUUGAGGGCAGGGUGGUAGUUGCAGGCAAAGUUGAGUUCAACAUGGGUGUGGAAGUAGUGAAUGUAGUGCAGAAAGGGUUGGGCCACACCCCCAGCAGGUGGACUGUUCGACUUUGCAGGCGAAAAGAUAGGUACAGCUGAGACCGUGGCUUCCUAUGGCUACACCUUGGGUGUAGAAGAAGUGAGAAGAAACUAAAGGGAAAUUGUUGAGGGUGAUGCCAGUUCUGCCAGAUGGAGGUGGGUAGUGAUGGAGGGGAACUAGUUUGGUCUAUUGUAUCUUUUAAUCUCUUUGUUUUCACGAACAGUGCGUCAGGUUUUCAGAGCCAAACUUGAUAUUUUCCAUAUAUUACUCACCAUAAAAUGCUAGUCCAUGGUUAGGUUCUGACAGCUAUUUGUUAAUUUGACAAGAAAUGUUUCGUUUAAGUCGGUAAAUUUCCCUCAUAUAUGAUGGCAUUACAGUUACGGAUCCCAUCUGUGCAGCGCCCCCAAGAUCCUGGUGGGUUGUGGGCGAGUGUCUGUGUUGUGGCAAAGCUCUCUCCAGUUCACUCUGAUGUUGUCUAUCCAUUUCUUCCUCUGUCUGCCCCUUUUUCUUUUCCCCUGCACCGUUCCCUGAAGAAUGAUCUUUGAGAGUCCACUUGAUCUUGUUAUGUAGAAACAUAGAAAACCUACAGCACAAUACAAGCUCUUUAGCCCAAAAAGCUGUGCCGAACAUGUCCGUACCUUAGAACUACCUAGGCUUACCCAUAGCCCUCUAUUUUCCUAAACUCCGUGUACCUAUCCAGGAGUCUCUUUUUAAAAAAAAAACCUUAUCAUUUCUGCCUCCACGGCUACCGCCGGCAGCCCAUUCCACGCACUCGCCACUCUCUGCGUUUUUAAAAAAACCCCACAAAUGAACAAACAACUUACCCUGGCAUCUCCUCUGCACCUACUCCCAAGCACCUUAAAACUGUACCCUCUCGUGUUAGCCAUUUCAGCCCUGGGGAAAAAGCCUCUGACUAUCCAAGCGAUCGAUGCCUCUCAUCAUCAUAUACACUUCUAUCAGGUCACCUCUCAUCCUCCGUCGCUCCAAGGAGAAAAGGCUGAGUUCACUCAACCUAUUCUCAUAAGGCAUGCUCCCCAGUCCAGGCAACAUCCUUGUAAAUCUCCUCUGCACCCUGGCCAUACCAUCUCAGUUUCCUCUUCUUUACUGUGAGCAGUAGAUCUUCAUAGUGUGUCGUGCUGGGUGAUGGUUCUUCAUACUUCAUCCUUUGAGACAUGGUCAGUACAGGAGAUGCUAAGGAACCUUCUGAAGCAUCUCAUAUCUACUGCCUGGAUCUUCUUUUGCGGUUCUGAUGUCAGUCCAUGAUUCCAUGAAGUAUGAUGACAUGCCUUUUCAAAUAUCCGAAAUUAGUUGUUCUGUCCACAGAAACUUCUGCUUCGUCUCUGAUCUUCCUUUCCUUUUCAAAUUUAUUGUCUCCCAAAUCUGCGUAUAUUUUUCAAUGUUUAGAUUCCAUUAGGUUUCCAAAGAAGUUACAAAUGGAGCAUUUUAUGUAUCCACAGUAAGCAUUACUUUCUCAUCUUAACAAGUUUGUAGCCUUUGAUGUGAAAGGUUCUUCCAUUGUGUCACAUCUUGUCCCUUGAUGGAUGAUGCUGGUGGGAUUGUAGUCACAUGUAAUCUGUAGUAUCUAGUUGUCAGUGGGUCACCUGAAGUAGCAUGUCCUCCUACUUUCCUACCAUCCCGAACAAAUAUAUUACUAACUUCCUCCAAUGUCCCAUUAAACUCAGACUUCUAAAAAUGCAAAAAAAUCCAACAUAUGGUCAUAAUAUCUCAUUUUAAUCUUCUGACUUGUUGCAGGUACAGAGCGUUAAACAGCUGUGGAGUCAGGCCAAACAAACGAAACAGGAAUAUUUAGAUGUUGUCUGACCUGCUGAGUGUUUGCAGCAUUUUCUGUUUUGAUUAUUAAUGGACAGGAAUUGAUUAUUUCACCAGAGCCAGUCUGAAAAUCUGUCAGGACCAUGUGGCUGAUGGAAAACAGUAUCAUUGACCCAGAAGGAUAAGCACCCGUGAUACAUGGAUACUGAAGCAGGCAACCGGUCAAAGGACCUUGUCUUAGCUGGGACUAAGCAGGAUUUGACGCAACAGAUCUCUUAUGUGGGACCUACUAAGUACUAUAUCUGUGGAUAUUUUGCAGCAUUCACUAACAUUGCGAUCACUUUCCCCAUACAGAAAGUGUUGUUUCGGCAGCAGCUGUAUGGACUAACGACAUUGGAUGCUAUUCGCCAGUUAAAGCAGGAUGGCUUUCGCAUUCUAUACAGAGGUAUUCUGCCUCCGCUCCUCCAAAAGACGACGACUGUGGCAUUGAUGUUUGGUUUGUAUGAGGAUUUCUCAUGCCUCUUGAAGAGAACAACUAAUGCCCCAGAGCUUCUGACCCGUACUGUUUCUGCGGUAUUGGCAGGGACUGCAGAGGCUGUGCUGACACCAUUUGAGAGAGUGCAGGCAUUGCUACAAGAUCGCCGACAUCAUAGCCGAUUCACAAAUACUUUUGAUGCCUUUAAAGCUUUGAAAGUGCAUGGUUUUGGGGAGUAUUACAGAGGACUUGUACCAAUUCUCCUCCGCAAUGGACCAAGUAAUGCAUUGUUCUUUGGCUUGCGAGGGCCUGUCAAAGAAUCUCUACCAGAAGCUACUACGUACAGUACUAAUGUGCUUAAUGACUUCAUCUGUGGGGGCUUUUUGGGGUCUGUACUUGGAAUAAUAUUUUUCCCAAUUAAUGUGGUGAAAGCACGCAUGCAGACAGAAGUUGGAGGAGAAUUUCAAUCUUUUACAAAAGUCUUCAUGAAAAUCUGGAGGGAAAGGGAUGGUAAACUGUCAAACGUAAUGCGAGGAGUGCACCUUAACUACCAUCGCUCAAUUUUAUCAUGGGGUAUAAUCAAUGCAACCUAUGAAAUUUUGCUUAAAUUGAUCUGAGAGAAUUUUUCAAAAUUUGAUCCCGAACUGGAGCAAUAGUUUGAGCUUCAUAUAUCAUUUGUGGUAUCUGCCUCUUCAGUUAUACCCAUCAAAUGCACUUCGCCUAGCUUAUUUAAUGCAUAGGUCGAGAAGAGUUCAGCUUAAAGAGAUCAGGUGUCUAAUGACCCAAUUUGAGAAUAUUUUGGAGUUCCUGGCUUCAUUUUCUAUUGAAAUAGAGGGACAGUGUGAGUCAUGAACCAGGAGAUAGAUCCAAAUGAUUAUUCCAUCAAACCUACCUCGGAGAGGAUGGUUCAUAUCUCUUAAGCUGAUAGAAAUAAUAUUUUGUCUUUAUACUUUGUUUUGCUGACAACUUCUGUAUCAAUUUAAAGUUUGCAUUAUGAUCUGAAACUUUUGUCCAGUUCUACAAAAGACUUUCUUUUAAAGUUUUUUUUUAAACUUAAGAGAUGUUAUAAUUACUAUUUUUUUUUACUCUUGAUACAUUGGGGUAAGGUACAUGCUUUGACUUGCCUUUAACAUACUUGUGCAGAAGGCCACUGAGGAAUUUGGGGUAACGUUGUUGCAUUAUUUUUAGUUGUGAUAAUUGGAAAGGUUCCUGGUCUGUAUGCCCUGUUAAGUCUGUGUCCAUGUUGUUGUUGCUACUAUUGUUUAUCACUUUGCUGAUACAGACAGACCACUAUCCUUAACAUUUCAUUCUUCAUUAGAUUAAGCAUUCAAGAACAAAGUGCCCUGUGGAUACUUAAUUGCUUUGAAUUAUUCUAGCAUAACAGAGGAUGCUUCAGCAAUGCACCCCUGUUGACUUAUGUAUAUACGUAUUACAUUUUUAUCUUGUUGAGUAAUCAGUUUUUGCACUUUUGUUGAAAAUUGUAUAUUAAACUGAAUAUGGGUACUGCAUGGUUACUUCAAUUUUGUGUUAUUACCUGUUGCUUCAAAGUUA